AUGGCAGGUCAGCAUCGACAAACACGUUCAAAUUCUUCAACACACUCUGUGUCUUCGUCCAACGUUGUGGGUGUUCACUACAAGGUUGGGAGAAAAAUAGGCGAAGGCAGUUUUGGUAUCAUUUACGAAGGUAUCAACCUCAUGAACAACCAGCAAGUCGCUAUCAAAUUUGAGUCCAGGAAAAGCGAUGCCCCACAGCUACGAGAGGAAUUCAGAGCAUACAAAACCUUGGCUGGCAUCAGUGGUAUUCCUACUGCGUAUUACUUUGGCCAGGAGGGCCUACACAGUAUACUAGUGAUUGAUAUCUUAGGCCCUAGUUUAGAAGACUUGUUCGACAUGUGCUCUCGCAAAUUUAGCAUAAAAACAGUGGCUAUGUUAGCAAAACAAAUGAUUACUCGUGUGCAAUCGAUCCAUGAGCGUAAUCUUAUCUAUCGAGAUAUCAAGCCGGACAAUUUUCUUAUUGGGCGACCCAACACAAAGUAUGCCAACACCAUCUACCUAAUUGACUUUGGCAUGGCAAAACUAUAUCGUGAUCCAAAGACAAAGCAGCAUAUCCCAUACAGAGAAAAGAAGAGUUUAUCUGGUACAGCUCGUUAUAUGAGCGUCAAUACACAUCUAGGCAGAGAACAGUCUAGACGUGAUGAUCUCGAGUCGCUAGGCCAUGUGUUCAUGUACUUUCUACGAGGUGCGCUUCCUUGGCAAGGAUUGAAAGCUGCUACCAACAAGCAGAAAUACGAACGAAUUGGUGAAAAGAAACAAACAACAAGCGUUAAGGAUCUAUGCGAAGGAUUUCCAGAGGAAUUUGGUCUCUAUUUACAAUAUGCACGACGACUUGAUUUUGAGGAAAAUCCCAACUAUGAGUACAUGAAAAACCUAUUCGACAAGGUUUUGAAUACACUAGGGGAAGAAGAUGAUGGUGUCUAUGAUUGGAUGUUGUUGAACGACGGUAAAGGAUGGGAGUCUCGCUCCAACCUGUAUCGUAGUGCCCACAGACACAGCGCCGUUGUUGCCCUGAAUAAUGCAGUAUCCAGUGAUCGUCCAGGCAGACAACAGCAACAAAAUCAACAAAAACAGCAACGCCGAUUAUCCAACAAGAGAUAUAGCAACCAACACAACAUGUAUAGAUCCACUCAACCCAUGCUAAGCGAUGCAGGUGUUGUCAGCUAUCGUACUAUGGAUUCUACCCAUCAAUUAUUACUGCAACAACAGCAGCAGAACGAGUUACUGGACGAUCAAAAACGAGGAUUUUUGUCGAAAUGUUUUGGUAGUUUUUGUUCGUGCUUGUAA